ACGAAUUUGCAUAGGCUGGGAAUCGGACGUGUGGCCGUCGAUCUUGAUGCGAAACCAUCGCAGCGGUACGACAAAUAUUAUUUCGUUCACUCCGCCUCCUCACGUGCGUGUGAGAUAUUUGUAACUUUAAUUUAUGAGAUGCGUUGAAUCGUAUCCGAUUGCUGCGACCGACCGCAAACGACGCACAAACUGAACCGAAAUAAAACGCCAAUAAAAUCCAGCUAAUUAAUGUGAUAAUUGUGCACAACAAAAUGAUCGAAAUCGGAGGAUUAAACGCGAUGUGGAGCGAAUUGGAAUGCAGCGGACUUGCCAUACAGAAUUGCCAGUGCCCGAGAUUACAGCGAUCGCCGCCAAGAUCCUCCACCGAUAAGCCCUUAAUGCCAAGGGUCAGCCUGCGUUAUCAGCCAGCGGUGAUCCCAUCAUUCCUGGCCAUGGGGAUUGUGCUAACGAUCUGCUUGGGAUCUGCCCUCGGUGCUCCACAAUCCUCCUGCAUCAUGUGCGACAAGGAGGACCUGCGUCCACGAAUCCCACCCUAUAGCGACAGCUACGAGGAGUACACCUUCGACCACCAGGUUACCCAGCAAUCGGCCAUGGAGUCUAUUCAAAAAUUCAAUGGGACAAGAGGUCAGAACAAUGCAUGCAGUUCAAUCAAAUGCCCACCUAAUACACCGAAAUAUUGCCUGGGAUCUCAGUUUAUCAACGAUCAUUGCUGGUGCGAACUGCAACAUCGAGAAGAGGGCCUGCCCUAUGUUCCCCAUGUUUGCUUUGCGGAUCAGAAGGUGCACACAGCCUCCGUGGAUUCCUGUUUCACAUUCGUCCAGGUCAAGGAGUGCUGCUGCGCUGAGAUCUGGCUCAAGAAGUGGCGACACAUUUCCGGAAGCUCUCGGAGCCAGCACACACCAAAAUUAUUAAUACACCUGCUUGCUGCACUCAGUGCUCUGCACUGGAUAAGUAGAAGAAGGACAUUUUGUUAA